AUGUCAGCCGCUACUCGUGGAAAUUCAUUUAAAACCGGGAACGGCGUGAAGUACGAUCCGGAAAAUAGUCGGUCGAUACGUCGAGAGCUUUCAAUUGAGUACUCACGCAACGAAUUGGACAAUAUUAUGGACACUUCAAAAAUUAGAGAUGUUGAUUAUAAAACCAAAAGAGGGAGUGUCAAAGGUACAUCAGAAGAGGACAAAAUACCCACAGUGUUGGCUAUGCAGCUGGCGAUGGUGGAGGGGCCAGAUCGACUUCCUGCUGAUGAGGGCACACAGGAAGUACUGUGCAGGAAACUUUGUGUGCUGGAAGCUGACCUCACAGGAGUCAAGGACUUAAUUUCUGAACUGUCAGCUCAUCUAGUGUCCAUCAACAGUGGGGAAAGAACUAUAUUUAUCACUUUUAAAACCUUUGAAGAAAUAUGGAAGUUCAGCACAUACCACAGAAUGGGUUUCUUGGGCCACUGUAUGGAAAGUCUUCUUAUGGACCAAGAGUUCUGGUUGAUCUCCCUAGAUCAGGACUCAGGAAUUGAAAUCUCACUUAAAGAAGAGACAGUAAAUCUGAUGUAUAAAGGCUUUCUACUGCAAGAAGGGUCCUUCUUUGGAUGCUGCACUGCAAAUCAGAUGUUCGAUAGCUCUACAUCAGGAAAUGACCUUUACAUGGAGAAAGGAGAUAUUGCCUUAUUUGAGCCUCCAUUCCUAGGAUCGGGGUGGACAGUGCUGUCCCUAGCUGAUGGAUCUAGAGGAACCAAACCAAAACCAGCCCAGGAGCCAGUCAUUCCCUUUCAUGAGUGGUUUCUAAAGUCCUGCCCAGAGUGUAUCUUAGUGGGUGGAGGGAAGGACAUCAAUGACCUUCCAUUCCAGAUUGCAGUAGGAGUAUGUGAGACCACAGAGGAAUAUGAUGCCAAUGGGCCAGAUGAACUGAGCUUUCAGACUGGUGAACGGAUCAUCAUCCUGGGCCUGCUGGUGGCAUGUUUUGAAUGGUUUAUGGGAAAAUUGGAGAGAACUGGGGAAAUUGGGCUCGUCAAGACCAACCUUGUCAGAGCAGCUGAUACUUUUUGUGAAUCAUCUGAAAUUUUCUUGAAAGAUGAAGACAGGCAAAUUAUUACCUUGGAUCAGGAGAAAAUUAAAGAUGAGACAAUUACUUUAUUGAAGAGAACAUGCCAGUGUGAUGUUGGCACAAACUACAAACUUGAUCUGGUAAAAGAAAAUCCAGGAUUAGUUCAAAACAAGACUCUUCAAACAGAAACAAAUGAUCUUGUACAAAAAGUCAACCACAUUUUGAGUGAAUUCAAUUAUCCUAAAAAAAAUGAGGCUCUUUUAAACAGCAUCAAGCACCACACUCUGAAAGAAGAUAUUUGUACAGAGGUAUCCCAGGGAACCCCAUGUUUUUCUGUCUGCUCAGAGCAGGACGGCAUGAGUGCAGAUGAACACCAUGCUCUCCUCUCCUUCUUAAGCAGCCGUGACCACCAGCCAGAGUACCUGCUCCUUUAUAGUGCUUACGCUGAAUUCCUCAUCUCUCAUUUUGAGGGUCACUCUGAUGAGGAGGAUAUAGUGGUGUAUUUAGGUGUAGCCCGAGAAUUGGCACGAAAGAAACGGCUCUCAUGGGCACAGAGCCGAAUCUGUUACCUACUUGGGCAGCUUUGUGCAGGACGCUCAAAGUUCUCUCAGGCUCGAGUUUACUAUGAGGAAGCUUUGAAUGUACCCAUGGAUUGUUUCACAGACAUGUUUCUGCUUUCUGCUGUUUACUCCAACCUGGCUUUCAUCUACCUAACACAGAAAAGCCAUGAUAAAUUUUUUGCCUUGUCAGAACGCUUUUCUGCUUUGUUGAUGGCUGUCCCUGAUUGUCUCUAUGGCUGUGAGGAUCCUGAUGUAUUAAAGUAUGUAUUGAAAAAAGCUAUACUGGCCAAAAACAAGUCUGUAGAAGCACGAGCAUGCUUCCUGCUGGCAAAACUCCACCUGAAGCUCAGAGAUGGCAUGAAUGCAAUCCCGUUCAUUGAGAGGCUUCAAAUCCUUGCUGAUGAGAUUCCAGGAGCAUCUGAUGAGACAUGGAGCCAAGUUUUCCUGGUGUUGGCAAGACUUUACAGCGACCAGUGUAUGCCACGCUUGGCUGAAAGCUGUGCACGCCAAGCAGCACUUCAGGUGGGUGCCACUGUGUCACACUGUCUUUGUGGUGUCUCGCUAUUAUUGGAAAAUGCAUCAGAGUUGUAUGGAAUUGCAGUCCCAACACAAGUGGCUCCGUACCUCACUCGUGCUGCUGCCUUAGUUCCGUCCAGCAAGGAGCCUACACUGGGUCAUGCCCAUGCCUUGUGUUUGUCCUGGCUCUUCCAUAGGCACAACAUGCCUGACAGAGCCGUUCGCUACAUGUGUACCUUCCUCGACCACGAAAGUGUGUCCAGCAUUGGCCAGUCAGACACUACUGCUGCUCUCAUAUGGUUGGCAUGGCUGUACAUCUGCAACCAGCAACCAAGCACAGCUCUGGAAGUUCUGGACGUUGUGCUCUCGUCGCUCCCUGAGCAUUGUACCACUCAGCUGGAAGGUGUGGUUUACAACAUGCGUGCCAUUGCAUACAGACAUUCAUUGGACAUCCGACAAGCUGCUGAAAGUUACCGGGGUGCAAUUGAGAUUUGUGAGGAGUUUGAGGAUAGGCGUAACUGGGCCAUAGCGUUGGCCAACUUCGGAUUUAUGUGCUUGCAAGUGAAGGCGAAGAGGCUGGCAGAGGAAUACCUCACCCAAUCAGUGGAGCUGUUUUCAGAGCUUGAUUAUGAAAGGCAUGAACUGUGUUUUAUUUCAGUGCUUCUUGAGUUGGGAAGACACAUAAUUUCACAGGGGAACCAUGAGAGUGGAAAGAUCUACCAUGAAUGGGCCCUGCUGAUUGCUAUCCACAUUGAUGACAUGGAUAGCCAGCUGCAAGCCACUCGUCAGCUGUGUCACCUGUAUGAAGAAGUGUGUCCAGAUGAAGCACAGUGUAUCAUCUACAACGAGCACCAGCUGAACCUUCUACAGCAGACUGGAGACAAGAAUUUAGAGGGGGAAAUACUGGAGAAGAUCAGCCAGCUGUACCUGAGCCUGGACACAGAGAAGGCCAACAGGGCUGCUUUAGAUUACACCAAACAGAGCCUGGGCAUUUUCAUUGACUUGGGCAUAAAAAGGAAGGAGGCACAUGCCUGGCUACGAGCAGGAAAGAUUUACCACAUCCUCAAACAGACUGAGCUAGUGGAUCUCUAUGUGCAGGUAGCCCAGGACAUAGCGCUGAGCACAGGAGAAACACUCUUCACCCUGGAGCUGUUGGAGGCAGCAGGGGAUGUGUUCUUCAACAGCUCACAGGGCAGGGAGAAAGCCAUCUGCUUUUACAGGGACCGAGCCCUCCCCAUUGCGUUAAAGACGAGCAGUGUGCGCUCUCAACUUCGACUGUGCAAUAAGCUUUCAGAGCUUCUACUGCAGUUGAGACAGCAUUCAGAGGCCAUUGUGUACACUCAGACUGCUUUAGACAUUAGCAUGAGUCUGGCUGACCAUUUAAAUGAGCGUGUGGCAUUCCAUCGACUCGCUACAUUGUACCAUUGUCUGGGUCAGUUUGAAAUGGCAGAGCACCACUUUCUAAAGGCCCUCUCUCUGUGCCCAUCACCCCUACAGUAUGACGAGGAAGCCCUGUACUAUGUUAGAGUCUACCAAACACUGGGAGACAUCAUCUUUUAUGAUCUAAAUGACCCAUUUGAUGCUGCUGGCUAUUAUCACCUUGCCUUGGCAGCUGCUAUGGAUUUGGGCAACAAGAGGUCUCAGCUACAGCUGUGCACUCGGUUAGCUACUAUUUACCACAACUUUCUCAUGGAUCGUGAACUCUCAUUGUACUUCUACCAGCGAGCACGGGCUUUUGCUAACGAUCUUCACAUUCGUCGCAUCAACCUGUCUCCAGACCAGUACUUCAGGACCACUUCCCAGUACAAAAACACAAUAUCUGGGGCAUCAAAAUAGAACUGGAUUCUAAAUGGAUAUGACACUUUCACUAAACAAUGUUUUGAUUUGACUUGUUUGCUAUUUUCUUUGUUUACUUCUUAUUUACUAAUGUAAUGUGUACUGGUUGAUUUAUUCAAUAAUGUCUGACUCAUUGUGACAUAUUGAUUGAUCCAGCAAGUGUUUAGUGGCGUGUAAGCAAUGCAACAUUCUAGGCAUCACUUGCAUUGCAUUAAACCUUAAAUGCUUGCAGUAAAAAAAAAAAAUUAUGAAUAAUGGUCCACUGAUACCUCACUUUGGAAGUAAUCAAGGUUUCUUUCUUUCUUUCUUUCUUUCUUUCUUUCUUUCUUUCUUUCUUUCUUUCUUUCUUAAGGAAAAGUAAUGGUCAUUAAAGGUAAUCAGGAGAAUUUAUUGGUUUUGGUGUUAUGAUCUGUAAUGUGUUUUUUUGUUUUUGUAACAGCAUGUGCAAUUUACCCCCUGGAGAGUGAUGUCAGUGAACACAUUUUUACCUCAACAAGGGCUGUUCUGUUUGUACUAAGUGCAGAAAAUGACAGGCGUAGUUUUAAAUAAACAUGUUCAUGACUUGUGAAAAACAUGACUUGGCCCAAGCCCUCCUUGCUCAUUCAAACAAACCCACCAGUUCUGCAUGAUCUACUGCUAAAAGGAGACCAUGUCGGCACUGGUCACCUAUAAAAGUGGUUGCACU